AUUGGGAAAGGAAAAGGGAGGAAGACGUGAUUUAAGUAAUGCUUUCGAUUGGAUCAAAGCCUUUGGGUGGGCUCUGAUCAAGAUCAUGACCUGUCCUCCUCCCUAGGGGAUAAAAAUCCCAUCUUUGUCCAAACCCUAGAUUUGCAAUCUCUCUCUAUUGCUCCUAAAUAUCUAUCUUUGGUAUCCGAUUGCUUAAUGUUGCGCGAUCUAUUUAUCUAGUUUUGGGCAAUUAGGGUUUGGGUUUGAAAUUGGGGGAGUUGGGGGUUUCUGAUAAUGGAGCCUCGCGUGGGGAACAAGUUCAGGCUCGGUCGUAAGAUCGGCAGUGGAUCCUUCGGGGAGAUCUAUUUAGGUACUAAUAUUCAGACUAAUGAGGAAGUGGCCAUUAAGCUGGAAAAUGUGAAGACCAAGCAUCCUCAAUUGCUAUACGAGUCAAAGCUCUAUAGAAUUUUACAAGGAGGAACUGGAAUCCCUAAUGUAAGAUGGUUUGGUGUUGAGGGUGAUUAUAAUGUUCUGGUUAUGGAUUUAUUGGGACCAAGUCUUGAAGAUCUGUUUAACUUCUGCAGUAGAAAACUCUCUUUGAAGUCUGUUCUCAUGCUUGCUGAUCAAAUGAUUAAUCGAGUUGAAUUUGUCCAUUCAAAAUCUUUCCUGCAUCGAGAUAUCAAACCUGAUAAUUUUCUUAUGGGUUUGGGAAGGCGGGCUAAUCAGGUGUAUAUUAUUGACUUUGGUCUGGCCAAGAAGUAUAGGGAUACUUCAACUCAUCAGCAUAUUCCAUAUAGAGAGAACAAAAACUUGACUGGAACAGCAAGAUAUGCCAGCAUGAACACACAUCUUGGCAUUGAACAAAGCAGGAGAGAUGAUUUAGAAUCUCUUGGAUAUGUUCUCAUGUAUUUCUUGAGAGGAAGCCUUCCAUGGCAAGGUCUGAAAGCAGGAACCAAAAAACAGAAGUACGAAAAGAUCAGUGAAAGAAAAGUAUCCACACCUAUUGAGGCCUUGUGUCGUGGUUAUCCUUCAGAAUUUGCAUCUUAUUUUCACUACUGUCGUUCACUGAGAUUUGAUGAUAAGCCAGAUUAUGCCUAUCUUAAGAGAUUGUUCAGAGAUCUAUUUAUCCGUGAAGGGUUCCAGUUUGAUUAUGUUUUUGACUGGACAAUAUUGAAGUAUCAGCAGUCGCAGAUUGCAAGUGCCCCUCCUCGCGCUCUUGGUCCUGGUGUUGGCCCUAGCUCUGCAAUGACCCCUGCCAUUGCUAAUGCUGAUCGACAGUCGGGUGGUGAAGAAGGAAGGACAAGUGGUUGGUCAGGAGCUGAUCCCUCCCGUAGACGUGUUUCUGCACCAGCUAUUAAUGCUGGUAGCUUAUCAAAGCAGAAGAGUCCAGUGGGAAAUGAUUCAUCAGUUGCCAGAGAUGCUAUGUUAUCCAGUUCAGCUUUUUUGGGCCGGUCAAGCGGUUCCUCAAGGCGAGCUGCUGUUUCUAGCAGCCGAGACGCAAUGAUGAGUGAGACUGAACUCUCUCGCCCUCGCACCUCAGAAGCAAGCCCUGGGACUUUCCAUAAACUCUCGAGCGCUCAGAGAAGUUCGCCUGCUGUAUCUGGAGAGCAACACAGGCAUUCUUCAUCUGGAAGGCUUCCAUCAACUAAGAACUAUGAGUCCACCCUCAAAGGCAUCGAGUCUCUUAAUUUCGACAACAAUGAGAAGCUUCACUACUAAGAUACACCAAAUGCUUUCUUCACUUUGUAAAAAGAAUAUUACACAAAAACUGAAGGGGUAUGAGUUAUGAAGCUUAUUAAUGUGUGCCAAGUUGUGUCCCAUGAUUUACAUGUUUUGAGUUUUUCGUUUUGGGACCACUGUAAUUUGAUUCUUUUUUCUUCUAUUUGUUUUAUGAAAGCCAUGUCGGUGAUUGUAAUGCAAAUAAUUUAUGCAACAAAGUGGCUUUUGAUAUGGUCGUUGUGGAAUUGUGGGUGUGCUCGGUUUAAAUGAAGAAAACGUUUUAUGUGUUUGCA